CCGACGCCGUCAGGCGGAGCUACGGUGAAUCACCUAAAUGAGCAGCCAAUUGUGCAUACCGAUUGUAAACAUUCGAUCUUCGUUACUUAAAUACUUUGGACUUUAAACUCUGACUGAGAGGAAACAGCUUCAAAGAGCAGUCCACAAUGUCAACGUGAGUGGUGCCACACAUCACGCCAGGGAGCAAUACCAGCAUGUUGUGCUCCAAGCAAGCCUCUUAAAGAUGCUCGCUCCGUAAAAAGACAAAACAUUCAGGGGUCAAGUCCAGGCCUGAGGACGAGCUAAAUCUAGCACGUGGACGAUAUGGAUGAUUCGGGAGACCAGGACAUGUACGUGUCCCAGCUGAAGGAGGUGUUUGACAGCUGCGAUGCGGGGGGCCUCGGGAUGUUGAACCGGGUGGAGCUGGAGGAGCUGUGCUCCAAACUACAGCUGGAGGACCAGGCAGAGGAACUUCUCAGGUACCUUGUGGGAGACAGCACCAAAACGCUGGUGAAUUUUGAUACUUUCAAGGAGGGCUUUGUGAUGGUCCUGUCCAGUGCUGUGGAUCUGGAUAACAUUGAAGGCCUGAGUGAUGCAGAUGAUAAUGCCAGUGUGGGAAGCAUCAAUGAAGUGUCUAUAGCUGAAGAACUUGAAGUCUCCCCCAAAUAUGUCAAGGGCAAUAAGAAAUACGGCCGGCGGUCACGGCCGGACUUCGACCUCAGCUACACGGCCGACUACUCCGACAUCGAGACGGACUUCAGCAGUCACUUUGGGGGGAACGACACAUCCAGGGGAGGGAAGGAGGAGAGAGGCAGCGAAAGGUCCAGGAGGUCUGACAGGAGCUGGAAAGCCAGCAAGUCACUGUCGUUUGCUGAUGACAUUAGUGAGAGCUUUGAUGACAACGGAAAUAAAGAUAGCGUGUUUGAUCACGAAGAAAAGACAGCGGGAUCGUCGGCAAGCAAACGAGACAUACCCACGAUUGUUCACGAGACUUUUGAAGCUGAAGGUCAGAUGAAUGCAUCGAUGAGUUUGAUGGAGGCGGCGCCCACCGAAGCCGACCAGGUGCAGGCCAUCUGGGACGAGGUGGGCGUGGGCCAGGACGGAUUCCUGGAUAUCAGGGAGCUGGCUACUGUCUGCCAACACAUCGGCAUGGAGGAUAUGGAUGAAGAGGAGUUGAACAAUCUCUUCAACAAGCUGGACGUCGACCAGGACGGCAAGGUGGGCUUCCAGGAAUUCUUGGAAGGUCUGUUCCGCCACGAGGGUCCGCGACCACCAACCACCCCGCUGCCCAGCGCCCUGUCCACUGCCCAAAAAGCCAAGCUGCGCAUGUCCAUGAUGGGCAGCUCCAUGGACGAUCCGAUCUACCGGACGGCCACUCCAUCGUUUCUGCUGGUGCCCGGCACCAAGCUGCUAUCCAUGCUGGAUCCCAACAACACAGGGUAUGCCGGUCCAGAUGAUAUUGUUGAGCAGUUUGCCACUCAGGGUGUUCAGAACCCGGUGGAAGUCCUGCAAAAUUUAGAUAUUGACACCGCGUCAGGUAAGGUGAGUCUGUCAGACCUGUCAACUGCCCUGGAGCACGUGCUAAUGACAACAGGUGACACCAAUGGAAUAUAUCAAGCUGCACUGACAUCAUACCAAGCGGAACUCACACACCUCAAAUCCCAACUUGAUGCCCUGACAGAUGAACGAAAUAAGUUGAGAGCAGACACCAAUGAGGCCAACCAGCGUAAUGCCAUGCUUGUCAAGGAGGUUGAUGAAACACACGCUAACAUCAUCAAGACCAAUGAGGCAAAACUACAGGCUGCUGAGAGGAAGCACCAGGAGAAGCUGGUGGCGAUGCAGGCCGAGAUUGAGAAGGAGAGACAGCAGAUGGCCACCCAGGCCGCCAAGCAGAGACAGCGACUUGAAGACGAGAUCAACCAAAUCAAGUCAGGGGAUGCUGGCAUGCGAGAGAGAUUCGCCGAAAUGCAGAAGGAAAUCACCCGUUUGGAGCAAGAGCUAACUGAGGCAGCAGAGAAGCUGAUAGACAAUGAAAAGACCAUCCAGAAACAGCAGCGAGACUUGGACGGGUUUCAGGAGCUGGAGGAAAGGUUGGCAGAACUGGAGUCGAAUCGGGAAACCGUCUCCAAACAACAAGAGGAAUACUUUGAACAGAACCUAAAAGAGUACCAGGAACAUGUCAGGGUGCUACAAGACCAGCUGGACGAGCUGACCCAAGAGAACGAGCUGCUGAAGCAUCAAACCUCGGAACGCAAGAUCAGGCGGCGGGGCAGUAAGCUUCAGCACUCCAACAAGCCCAGUCGGGUGGGCUCGGUGCUAUCGGACUACACCAAGCCGGCCGUUAUCAAAAGGUCCAGCGGCCACUCCUCAUCAGAGAACGAGUCUGAACUGGAAGAGUUGGACCCUCAGAGUAAGAGACGGCUACCUCUGACAGCGAGGUCCGGCGGCGAUGGAAAUAGCAACGAGGAAGAAGACUCUCAAAGAGCCAAGUUAGAGGCAGAGAUCGAGUUGCUGAAGGAGAAGCACAGCAAGGAGCUGGCCGAGUCCCGCACAGCCUUUGAGCGUGACUGCAAGGACUUGGAGUUCCGCUACAAGAUGGAGAUCACUGACCUGGAGGAUGGCUUCGAGCGUCAGAAGGAAGAAAUGCAAGAAGAGUUCCAGCGGGAGCAGCGGCAGCUGAUCGAGGAGGUGGAGCGACGAUUCAGCGGCGAGAAGCAGGAGAUGGCCCAGCAGUUUGCCCGGGAGAAACAGGAGCUGGAGGAGUUCUUCUCUAAGGAGACCACAGAGCUCAGGGAUCGCUUGGAGGCUGAGUACAAUGUGGAAAUGGACAACCGGAUUGCUGAGGUCAAGCAGAAGCUGCUGGAUGAGAAAGCUAGCGUGGAGAAGGAACUCUCUCAAGAGAAGUCCUCACUGAGCGAGGAGGUCAUCCGGGAGAGGAACGCUGCUGAGGUCCGGCUAAAGAAGCUGCAGUCGGAGCUGGAGCUGCGCUUCCUGGAGGAGAAGGGUGAGAUGCAGGCCCAGUGGGAGCGGGAGCGGACCGAGCUGGAGCUGAUGUACCAGGAGAAAGUCCACGAGCUGGAGAUGCUGUUCGUGGACGGGGAGGUGGGCCUCAAGGGCCAACUCCGGAGGGACUUUGACCAGCUCCUGGCCCAGCACCGGGCUGAGAUUGAGCACGGCUUUGAGCGGGAGAAGGAGGCACUGCUGGAGGAGCUGGAGAUGGAGAAAGCCGACCUGCUGAAGGUCAGCAAAGGUGACAAGGCCUCCCUCCUGCAGAAGGCCAAGGAGGAGAGAUCGGAGCUGCUCAAGAGGCACAAGAAGGAGACUCUGGAGCUGGCCGAGCGACACAAGAAGCUGGUGACAGACCUGGAGGACCGUCGGGAGAGAGAGAAGGCCGAGAUGGAGGAGCGGAUGCGGCGGGAGCGGCAGCGUGCCAAGCAGGAGCGGGAGAAGCUAGAGUCACGCUUUCGGCAAGAGCUAAGCAAGAUGGAGAUGAGCCUGACAGUCAGCAAGGACGAGCUGGAGAGAUCAGUCCACGAGGAGGUUGAAGACAAGCUCAGAACAGAAAUUAGGAGGGAGAUGGAAAAAGAGCUCAUGGAACAGAUGGAACAGUUCAAAAGAGGUUACAAUGAGGAGAAGACAGAGCUGAUUUACCAGAAAGAGGAGCUUGAAUCCAAGCUACAGCAGGCUGAGGUAGCUGCCCAAGAAGCGGUUAGCGUGGUCACUAUGCACACUCUCCAGGCGACACAGAAAGAGGCAGAGGCUGACAAGCCCUCAUAUGACAAGCUGAGUGCUGAGCGUUCUCAGCUCCAACAAACGGUCGGCCACUUAGAAGACAAACUCAAACUGCUUAGUGAGAUUGAGGACAGUCACCAGGUCGGCGCUCAGAUACAUGAGGCCCAGUUGAUGCUGGUCACCGACGAGAAGGAAAAUUUAGCCAAGGAUCUGUCUGAUGUCAACCGACGACUUCUGGAAGCCCAGAUGCAGCUAUCCAUCCAGGACACCCAGCACCUGCGGGAGCUCCAGCGACUCCGGGACAAGCACACCGAGGCCUCUGCCAAGGAGCUGCAAGCCCUGCGAGAGGAUCUGAUCCGCAAGGAUGCCCGGCUGGCUGAGCUGGAGAGGACAGUGGGCGACAAGGAGGAGGAGGUGGGCCGCAGGAGUGCCCGGGCAAGGGAGGAGAGCCAGGAGGAGGUGAGACGGCUCCAGGAGGCCAAGGCUGAGCUGGAGAGGAAGCAGAAGAAGAUGCGGGCCAUGCUGGAUGAGUACGUCAGGAAACUCAAGGACCAGCUGACGAGGUCAACCCGCAGCGACAUCAUGGUCAAGGAGCUGUACCUGGAGAACUGCAAGCUGCAGACCGCCCUGCAGGUUACUGAGGAACGGCAGAAGAAUGCCGAGCGGGCCUGCCACAACCUGACAGAGAAGAACCAGGUCUACCUCCGCCUCAUCCGUAAGGUCUCGCCUGCAGUCCUCUAAGGAGAGCUCACCCUCCUCCCCACCCCCUGCCCCCCGGGCCAGAGCGACGUGGUGCUGAGAAAAGUGCUGCUGAAAUAGGGGCUUCAUCCCUUCUUCCCCUUCGCCGUUGGUGGAAUAUGUAAGAGUUAUAAGGUUCCGCAUUGAAGAGUUACUCCCUUAAAGUUGUUGGCCAAAAGUACUGUCAUCGGAGAGGUGCCAUUAGUCUCUGUGUGACAAAGCUCAUGACCUGAAAUGAAUUUUCUCUUGUAGAAAAUUGAGUGAAAAAUGAGAUUAUGAUUUUUAUGCAGAAUCAUGAGUAGAUGAAAAGCAACAUUUUUUAAGUCACUCCAAUUAUACUCUGAGAUCAAUUUUUAAUAUCACUUUGGUUCUUUUUUGUGGAAGUUAAUCGGACACUUUGGCUGUAUGGCUGUAUAAAUUCUAUUGUGUAUUCUGCGAUGGACUUGUUUACACUGACAGCAUUCAGCAUGUGCCUUGCAGCUGUCCCAGAUGUGCAUUCAAUGUCACCUUGACUGUGUUUCUUAGAAAUUGAUUGGAAGUGUAAUCUGUAAAAAUUCUGCAUUGUACAGAGCUAAGCUCAGUUGAUUACUCCGUCCACUACGAUGCAGUACUAAAUAUGAGAUUCUGAGACCUCAAAGAGACAUUCCACUUCUAAGCAAUGGUUGUAUAUUUCUGCCGUAAAUCAAAUACAGUUAUCAUAUGCACUCUUUAAAGCAUGUGGUUGAGCAUUGCAAAUUGGACUUUUGAAAGCUGCCUUUAUAAACUGUUUUAAAGCAUUUGAGAUGUAUGUAGUUUGCAACUACGUAAAACCUACAGAGAUGUUAACGUCAGCUUACACUUCUACAUUUCUCUAAGAAAGCAUACAUGUAAAUUUGGUCAUUGAUAAAUAUUUUCCACGUUAAAAUUCAGGCUUGUCAAGGGUCUCAAGUCCCACAAAAACGGUUAAAAUUGGACAAAUCCCACUGUAAAUGUCAAUGAUAUCGAAAUCAUUGAAACCUAAUAGAGGGUUGCAUUUAAUAUCUAAGUUGCCAAUCCAAAGGAUUUGUGGAAAAAAGAAAAGAAAAUUAAAUUUGAAAUUUGAAAAAAGGAAUAGUCAGCAGACUGAGGGAGAAUCUACUCUGGGUAAGCCAGAGCUUAUGCCUUAAUUGCAUCAAGUUGGCUCUUUCUUUUCUUCUUCUUUUUCUUCUAAAGAGGUAUUCCUCAGAGCUUUCGUUUCACUGGCUUUUCUCAUAUCAUGCAGUUUAGUCAUAGAUUUCUGUGUCUUUGACCAAAAAAGUGUCUUCCACUAAACGGGAUGGUUUUGACUAUAUACUCUUAACUGUAUUUUUGCUGUCAAAUACGGUAGUAUAUGUAAAUACAAUUUGUCACUUCGCACUUUGGGCAAACUGUAAAUUUCAAGUUAAAGGAAAAGACAUUUGUUCUCUUUCUGAAAGUGCCAUGCAGGUCAUCGAACAGGGUUUUCAAGAGAACCUCAAUUAUCUGUCAAAAUGUUUGGAAUUUGGUGCCUUAUUUUUGACAAUACGCUCCCUAUUGUGUGCAUAUUCAAGAUCAGUAUUCGCAGAUCGUUGCAUAUUUUAUGAAAAAGAUACUUAUAUGUAUAACUCUUGAAAAAUAAUGUUUGCAAAUGACACUAAAAUUCGUUUUUUAUUCAAUUGUUUUUAAGUACUGUAUGAUCAUUUUGUUUGGAAUGACUGAUUAAAGUUUCCAAGUCUUUUUCAAAGGCAUUUCUAACAACCGUACAAACUAUGUAAAUAUUUUGUUUGUAAAAAGACUCUACUUUUUAAGUGGAUGAUACAUCUAUAAAAUCAUCUUUCAUGGAUUUGUCUUUUUACAUUAACAGGAAGCUAUUGUGUCAUGUACAUAUGUAUAUAUAUACUGUUGUAUUUGUACAAAUCCAAGGUUUGGUCAGUGUUUCAUUCAUUAAUUGUGUUAUUUAUAUCUGAUUUUCCACAACAACUUGUUAUAAUCAAUUUCUUUUCUUUUUUUUUAGUCCUUAAAUUUGUCUUAGAAAAUGUAUAUUAAUACACUGUGUAUCUUGCUUUCUAUAAACUUUAUGGUGAAAUGAGUUAAUCUUGAAGAAAAAAUCUAUGACAAACAUGCACCAAAUGGUCGGGGUCGUUCAGUGCUUCUUUGACCUUCAUUCUCAGUGCGUACCCUACUCGUCUUUUCUUUCCCACGAAAGUGUAAAGUGAACUCUGUCAGUUUGUCAUUUUUACCAGUAACCGUAAUUAAAUGCAUGAAUAUGAUCA